CGAGGAACAGCAUCCAUUAAUAUGCUUACAAACAACUACUGGUACAUUAUACUUUAAUUCCCUGGAGAGAUAUGACGCCUUUUUCGCUCAGCGUGCCAUUCGCGUGUACUAGGAGACAGCGACGCUCGAGCUCAAAAUCGAGGUGGAGGUCGGAACCCUGCCAUUCUGCCCAACGCCAAAUGUUCCGCAUCCUAGAGGCCGACGCUGCCGGUGCCAGUGCUAACAGAGGUAAAAUUGAAUGUGACUGUGCUGAAGUCGGGAAAGGAAGCAGGCGAGUCGCCCAACCUCCGCCCGAGAUCCUUGAAAAUUCACUCCGCGUCCUGUUUGCAGAGAGCGUUGGUCGGUGUAUGUCCUGCAUGGACGUCUCGCUUUUGCUGUUGUUCGUGAUAACAGCCAUAUCCGACGUCAUGCUCGUCGCUGUCACGGUGAGAGUGACGUUGUUGCCAGGGUGGUGAAGCUAAGGUGUUGCUCGAGAAGUCGUACGCGUAGUCGGGGUAUCGUUCGUACCAGCCUGCGCGAGAGGG